UGCUGACCCGGGCAAGGCCCCAUUGUGAUGCGUGCCAUGACCUCAGAAUGUCACUGGUGCUUAGCACCUAUCGGCUCUCCAGACUGCGUCUGUGUUCUACAGCAGUUAUACACACGCAGUGGUGUUCGCUAGCGGUUUUGUGGACUCAAAGGUUUUCUCCCUGAGAGGCAUAACCCAGGCCAGCUGAUUCAUCAGAAUCAGGAAACUGGGCAUCUCUGUGGCCCUGAACAUCCCAGGAGGCCGAUCGUACAGAGACCUCUGGUGCCUGACCGCAGUUCGCAUCCACAUCCCUGGAAUAGCCCAUCACAGGCUCUUCACCCUUGGCAGGUGGACACCAUUCAACCUGCUGGGACAGGAUGGACAUAGUAGAGGAUGCGGAUAGUUUGCAGGCACAGGAGCGGGAGGACAUAAUUAUGAAGUAUCAGAAGGGACACCGAGCUGGGCUGCUAGAGGACAAGGGGCCUAAGCCUGUUGAAAUCUACAGCAGCAUUGAUCGCUUUGGGAUUCUGCAUGAGAUGGAGCUCCCUCCUGUGACUGCACGGGAGGCGAAGCAAAUUCGGCAGGAGACAAAAAGAAAAAGCAAAUGGCUGGAAAUGCUGGGCGAAUGGGAGACAUAUAAAAACAGCAAAAAGCUCAUAGAUCAAAUCUAUAAGGGCAUUCCCAUGAACAUCAGGGGCCCGGUGUGGUCAGUCCUCCUGAACAUUCAGGAAAUCAAGUCGAAAAACCCCAGAAAAUAUAAGAUCAUGAAGGAGAAGGGCAAGAGGUCAUCUGAACACAUCCACCAGAUCAACCUGGACGUGAGCAGGACUCUCCGGAACCAUGUCUUCUUCAAGGAUCGAUAUGGAGCCAAGCAGCGGGAACUAUUCUACAUCCUCCUGGCAUAUUCGGAGUAUAACCCGGAGGUGGGCUACUGCAGGGACCUGAGCCACAUCGCCGCCUUGUUCCUCAUUUAUCUGCCUGAGGAGGACGCAUUCUGGGCACUAGUGCAGCUGCUGGCCAGUGAGAGGCACUCCCUGCCAGGAUUCCACAGCCCAAAUGGCGGGACAGUCCAAGGGCUCCAAGACCAACAGGAGCAUGUGGUACCCACGUCACAACCCAAGACCAUGUGGCAUCAGGACAAGGAAGGUCUAUGCGGGCAGUGUUCCUCGUUAGGCUGCCUUAUCCGGAUACUGACUGACGGGAUCUCUCUCGGGCUCACCCUGCGCCUGUGGGACGUGUAUUUGCUGGAAGGAGAACAGGUGUUGAUGCCGAUAACAAGCAUUGCCUUUAAGGUUCACAAGAAGCGUCUCAUGAAGACAUCCAGGUCUGGCCUGUGGGCACGUUUUCGGAACCAGUUCUUCAAUACCUGGGCCAUGGACGAUGACACCGUGCUCAAGCAUCUUAGGGCCUCUACGAAGAAACUAACAAGGAAGCAAGGGGACCUGCCACCCCCAGGGCCCUCAAAUUUACUAGACGAGCCAGACCCAUUUGUGGGAGACCCCGCCCCUCCCUGCAAGCACCCACAGCCUCAGAGAGCAGCAGAGGCCCCUCCUGCACGCUCCUCCAAGGUUGCCAGGACAACAAGCCUCGAGCAACCAAACCCGAGCAAGGGUCCUCGGCAUCCAGGCCUGUGCCGGCUUCACGUGGUGGGAAGACCUUCUGCAAGGGGGAUAGGCAGGCCCCUCCAGGCCCACCAGCCCAGUUCCAGCGGCCCAUUUGUUCAUAACAAAGAUAUGAGUUGGCCUGAGGAGAUGCCUUUUACAGCAAAUACUAGUAAAAUAGAUAGACAAAAGGUUCCCAUAGAAAAGGGAGCCACAGGUCUAAGCAACCUGGGAAACACAUGCUUCAUGAACUCAAGCAUCCAGUGCGUUAGUAACACACAGCCACUGACACAGUACUUUAUCUCAGGGAGACAUCUUUAUGAACUCAACAGGACAAAUCCCAUUGGCAUGAAGGGGCAUAUGGCUAAAUGCUAUGGUGAUUUAGUACAGGAACUUUGGAGUGGAACUCAGAAGAAUGUUGCCCCAUUAAAGCUUCGGUGGACCAUAGCAAAAUAUGCUCCCAGGUUUAAUGGGUUUCAGCAACAAGACUCCCAAGAACUUCUGGCUUUUCUCUUGGAUGGUCUUCAUGAAGAUCUCAACCGAGUCCAUGAAAAGCCAUAUGUGGAACUGAAGGACAGUGAUGGCCGACCAGACUGGGAAGUAGCUGCAGAGGCCUGGGACAACCAUCUAAGAAGAAAUAGAUCAAUUGUUGUGGAUUUGUUCCAUGGGCAGCUAAGAUCUCAGGUCAAAUGCAAGACAUGUGGGCAUAUAAGUGUCCAAUUUGACCCUUUCAAUUUUUUGUCUUUGCCACUACCAAUGGGCAGUUACAUGAACUUAGAAAUAACAGUGAUUAAGUUAGAUGGUACUACCCCUGUACGGUAUGGACUAAGACUGAAUAUGGAUGAAAAGUACACAGGUUUAAAAAAACAGCUGAGGGAUCUCUGUGGACUUAAUUCAGAACAAAUCCUACUAGCAGAAGUACAUGAUUCCAACAUAAAGAACUUUCCUCAGGACAACCAAAAAGUACAACUCUCAGUGAGUGGAUUUUUGUGUGCAUUUGAAAUUCCUGUCCCUGCAUCUCCAAUUUCAGCUUCUAGUCCAACACAGACAGAUUUCUCCUCUUCGCCAUCUACAAAUGGAAUGUUCACCCUAACUACCAAUGGGGACCUACCCCAACCAAUAUUCAUCCCCAGUGGAAUGCCAAACACUGUUGUGCCAUGUGGAACUGAGAAGAACUUCACAAAUGGAAUGGUUAAUGGUCAUAUGCCAUCUCUUCCUGACAGCCCCUUUACAGGUUACAUCAUUGCAGUCCACCGAAAAAUGAUGAGGACAGAACUGUAUUUCCUGUCACCUCAGGAGAAUAGCCCCAGCCUCUUUGGAAUACCAUUGAUUGUUCCAUGCACUGUGCAUACCCGGAAGAAAGACCUAUAUGAUGCGGUUUGGAUGCAAGUAUCCUGGUUAGCGAGACCACUCCCACCUCAGGAAGCUAGUAAUCAUGCCCAGGAUCGUGAUGACUGUAUGGGCUAUCAAUAUCCAUUUACUCUACGAGUUGUGCAGAAAGAUGGGAACUCCUGUGCUUGGUGCCCACAGUAUAGAUUUUGCAGAGGCUGUAAAAUUGAUUGUGGGGAAGACAGAGCUUUCAUUGGAAAUGCCUAUAUUGCUGUGGAUUGGGACCCCACAGCCCUUCACCUCCGCUAUCAAAUGUCCCAGGAAAGGGUUGUAGAUGAGCAUGAGAGUGUGGAGCAGAGUCGGCGAGCGCAAGCUGAGCCCAUCAACCUGGACAGCUGUCUCCGUGCUUUCACCAGUGAGGAAGAGCUAGGGGAAAAUGAGAUGUGCUACUGUUCCAAGUGUAAGACCCACUGCUUAGCAACAAAGAAGCUGGAUCUCUGGAGGCUUCCACCCUUCCUGAUUAUUCACCUUAAGCGAUUUCAAUUUGUAAAUGAUCAGUGGAUAAAAUCACAGAAAAUUGUCAAAUUUCCUCGGGAAAGUUUUGAUCCGAGUGCUUUUUUGGUACCACGAGACCCGGCUCUCUGCCAGCAUAAACCACUCACACCCCAGGGGGAUGAGCUCUCCAAGCCCAGGAUUCUGGCAAGAGAGGUGAAGAAAGUGGAUGCGCAGAGUUCAGCUGGGGAAGAGGACAUGCUCCUGAGCAAAAGCCCAUCCUCACUCAGCGCUAACAUCAGCAGCAGCCCAAAAGGUUCUCCUUCUUCAUCAAGAAAAAGUAGAACCAGCUGUCCCUCCAGCAAAAACAGCAGUCCUAAUAGCAGCCCACGGACUUUGGGGAGGAGCAAAGGGAGGCUCCGGCUGCCCCAGAUUGGCAGCAAAAAUAAACUGUCAAGUAGUAAGAAGAACUUGGAUGCCAGCAAAGAGAAUGGGGCUGGGCAGAUCUGUGAGCUGGCUGACGCCUUGAGCCGAGGGCAUAUGCUGGGGGGCAGCCAACCAGAGCUGGUCACUCCUCAGGACCACGAGGUUGCUUUGGCCAAUGGAUUCCUUUAUGAGCAUGAAGCAUGUGGCAAUGGCUGUGGCAAUGGCUACAGCAAUGGUCAGCUUGGAAAUGACAGUGAAGAAGACAGCACUGAUGACCAAAGAGAAGACACUCAUAUUAAGCCUAUUUAUAAUCUAUAUGCAACUUCGUGCCAUUCAGGAAUUCUGAGUGGGGGCCAUUACGUCACUUAUGCCAAAAACCCAAACUGCAAGUGGUACUGUUACAAUGACAGCAGCUGUGAGGAACUUCACCCUGAUGAAAUUGACACCGACUCUGCCUACAUUCUUUUCUAUGAGCAGCAGGGGAUAGACUAUGCACAAUUUCUGCCAAACAUUGAUGGCAAAAAGAUGGCAGACACAAGCAGUAUGGACGAAGACUUUGAGUCUGAUUACAAAAAGUACUGUAUGUUACAGUGAAGCUACCACUCUGGCUGCUAGACAGCUUGGCGGUGAGGGAGAUGACUCCUUGUAGCUGAUACUUGGCAAAAGUGUCACUGAAAGACAAGCUAAAUGUAGUUAUUUUAUCCUGUUAGAAUACAAAUUCUAAUUAAAAUAGUUAACUUUAAGAGUAGUAAUAAUUUUAUUUUGAAGUCUCAUACAAGUUGUCCGAUAGAGAACUUUCAGGCAGAUCCCACCAUUAGCCUGUAAACAAAAGGUUUGGCACCAGCCACCUGGGACCAAAUAAGAAUUCAAUUGUGCUUGUCCAGAUAUGAACAAAUAUGUAGUGAGUAUAGAGUUUACCAAUAAUCAUAACAAAUAUUAAAGAUUUCCUUGGAGUCAAAGUAAAAAACAAACAAUUAUAAUGUUGUCUAGGGACAACAUGAUACGCUACCUCCUUUUUCCUGAAGGUUUAUUCCAUUACAUUGACAAGAUGGAGAAAGCAAGAUCAUGAAGGUGUGCAAAUGAUUCUUACAGCAUGGACGAGGAUUUUUGAAUUUAUUUUUUAAACUGUUUCCAUACCCUUUCUUUGUCUUUCUUGCUUUUUGUUUUUGCUGUUGUGUUUACGUUUGAGAUAACCAGUCAUUGGUGGCAGGGGCAUAGAGUGGUCAGUCUGAAAGGGAGGCUCUCUUAAGAGCUAUGUGCCUUCCACUCAGAGGGAGACCCAGUAGAAAAAAAAGCAUCCUGGGAAAUCCAGCUACCAGGGCCCUCCCAGUGGAGCCAUCUUACAUUCAGGAUACUUCAAGUAUCCUCAGAAAUGUAUUCUGCACCCCCGGCCCCGCCCAUGCUGAGAGAAGGGGAGCAGUUGCCAAUAUUUGCACCAUCUUCACAUGCACAUGUUGCAACAAGAGCUUCUGGGAAGGUAAGCGGCAUCGGAGCUAGAUCAUGUUUCACAAUUAGUGGUUAUUCUUUUCCGUGUUUGUUUUGCACUUUAAAAAAGAGAGAACACAUGCAAAUGAACUUGUGUGUAUUUGAUGGCUCUAAGGCUACAAAUUACAAACAAAACACAUCCCAGACAUUAGGAGUUCAUAAGUAUAUUUAAUGAAAUUGGUGGUUUUAGGAAGUCAACUUUAGUUUUGCUUUGUUUGCAUGUUUACUAAUUUUUUUAUUUUGAUAUUUGUCUUUUUUAAAAUUUUACAGUAGUCAUUGAAAGUUAUGUUUCUUUGCUUACUUCAUUUUUUUCCUCUAAUUAUUCAAGACUGGAACAAAAGUAUAAAUAUUAUUCAUUUCAGGUAGCAUUUUUUUUGUGUAGCUUUUAAAUAUAUACUUGAAGGAAAUGUUUCACCUUAUUUUUGGUCUUUGUUUAUUCAUUUAGACCCUGCAAGUUGAUUCUCAUUAAUUGUCAGAUUCCACUACCCUUUCUUCCUCAUAGGUAGUAAUUACCAAUGUAACUAAGCAUUUGUGUUCUGAUAUCUGAGGCCAGUAACUAUUAAUAUCUAGUUCCCAGAGCAUUUGGAAAGGUUAUCUUAAAUGGCUACCUAAAUUGAAAUCCUUUUCAGAAAAAAUAUAAUUGCAAGUAAGUAGGAAUGGCCUAAAUUGUCUAAUGUAAUAAAGUCAGAAAAAAUGCAUACUUUAUAGUUUCAAGAUUUUCAGUACAUAAAAUCUGUCCAUUCCUACCUGGACAUGUCCCAUUAAAAAGCAGAAGAUUUUAAAUUAUUUCUUUACAGAUGUUUUAUUUAAGCAGGUAGCACAAUCUACUAAUGUUGUUUGAUCUGUGUUUGUUAUACUGGUUGUAAUUAAUUUUUUUAAUUCAUGAACUAGCAGAAAAUUUAUUAAAUUAACUAUUAAUUACAUUCACCUUGUAAAUUACUGUAUAAAACUUGUUGACGAUGCACUGGCUUUAGAAAGAUGUUAAUGUACAUAAAUAGAGUGUAAAUAAAAUAGUGUUGAUGUACUGAAAUAUGAACUGUAUAAAAAGUAUUGCUAAUUGUAUAUGAGGUGUACCUGUUUAUCUGUAACUAUUAUCCAAACAAAUUAAAUACUGUGGAUGCCUCUAUGUGCUGUUUUUCCUCAUACAAGUAAACACAGAAAGUCAAAUUCUUCAGCCUC